AUGAAAACCGUCGCAGUAAGGGCAUGCUCCCGUUUGCGGCCGAGAUUCGGGCCGCAAAGAAUAGCGACAUACUCCACAAGCACAAGCAAAGAGAGUGCGCCCACGCCCGCGGUCAAGAGGAGGCCCAGCAAGCACAAGGUCGCUAUGCUUGUCGGCUACCGUGGGGGCGGAUACUACGGAAUGCAGUACAACCCCCCGCACAAAACCAUCGAGGGCGAGAUACUCGCCAAGCUAUUCGACGUGGGCGCCAUUUCUGAGCACAACUCGACGUCGCCGAAGAAAAACUCAUUCAUGGCCGCGGCAAGAACAGACAAGGGCGUGCAUGCCGUGGUAAACCUGUUGUCGCUGAAGAUCUCACUGCAGCAAGACACGGUUGCGAGACUGAACGCCGCACUGCCGCCCGAGAUCCGCGUGUGGGGUAUCCAGCCGACCAAUAAGAAGUUCAACGCCCGCUCGGCAUGCGACUCCCGCUGGUACGAAUACUUGAUCCCGGACUUUGUGCUCGUGGGGCCUCCACAGGGCUCUGCCUUGCAUCAAAACGUGGGGGGAUGUUACUGCGACGACGGUUCGCAGGACGUGUGGGAUGCAUUUGGGGGGCAGGUGCGAGACAGAUUCGGCGCGCAACCAGAUGAGGACGAGCCUUUGACGCGCGACUACGUGGAUCUCUUGAGCACCACCCUCGGCGGCUACCGCCCGCCGAGAGCAAAGCUGCUCGCUCUCGAGGCCGCGAUGCAGCAGUACGUGGGUACGCACAACUUCCACAAUUUCACCACGGGCAAGCUUGCCGCUGAUCCGAGCGCCAAGCGGUACAUCAAGGAAGUCGUAGUAGCACCGGCCGCACCGCAGUGGACAAGCGUGCGGAUCCACGGCCAGUCGUUCAUGCUGCACCAGAUCCGGCGGAUGGUGGCACUUGCGGUGCUGGUCGCUCGCUGUCAGUUGCCGCCCAGUGUCGUGCGCGACCACCUCGUCGCCGCGACAAGGAAACACAUCCCGAGGGCUCCCGCUGCAGGCCUGCUGCUGGAGGGUCCCGUGUUCGCGCAGUACAACAGCAAGCUGCGCCGGCUGUUGUACCGCGAAAUUCGCCCGGACAGCGAGGCCGUCGAGCACAUGCGCCGCUUCCGGGAAUGCCAGAUCUACACUGCGGUGGCGCGCGAAGAAACGCAGCGUCACGUGUUUUGCCACUUUGUACGACGCACUAAUCGUCUGGCCGCGCCGCUAAUCUAG